AUGGCAUCCCAUGCGCCAUCGCCCGGCUCGGCGUCGGCCAAUCCGUACCUCUCUCGGCCUGCUUCAGCUUCUGAUACCUCAUCCGCGGCUGGGCCGAGCGUCUCGUCUGCGAACGAGACCAAGCACGAAAGCCGUCUGUACAUUGGCAACCUGCAUCCGGCGGUAGACGAGUACACGUUGAUCCAGACAUUCGCCAAGUUCGGCAAGAUCUCAAAGCUCGACUUUCUCUUUCACAAGAGUGGACCGCAACGAGGACAACCACGCGGAUAUGCGUUCGUCGAGUACGCUUCACCACAGGAGGCGAUGCAGGCGGUCGCAGGCGCGCACCAAAAGACGUUGAGGGGCCGAAGCAUUUCCGUGACGUUUGCGAGCAAGAACGCGGAUGCGGGUGCAGGUGUUGAUCACGGCGGCAUCGGUCCACAUCGGCGAGAUCGCAGAGCAGCGGCGACCGAGACAGAUACAGCCAAGACGACGCAGUUGAGCUUGAGCAAGAACGCCAAACAGCCGCACGGCACCAAUGCAAAGAUCGCAGCCAUGGAGGCAAAGUUGGCCAAGCUGCGACAGGUCAAGGCGCCUGCACCAUCAUCACCCAAAGGCAUCGGACUCGGCUCAUUACCCGCCAAGCCAAGUUUCACUGCAGCCAAACAAGACCCGCGAAGAGCGCCAUCGCAGCCGCAACGGCGGCAGUAG